CUCCCCUUCCCCUCCUGCUGCAGCAGCUCCCCGAGCUCCCCCGUUGGGUGCUGUGCAAGCUGUGGGAGCCCCUGGUGAGACCCCCAGAGUGCGGGGCAGCUGUGCCCAAGCCUCGACGUCGUGGACCGGGAGGUUGGCUGUUAAGUGCACAAUGAGUAGUGAAGAGGAAACAUGGGAGAAGUUGGAUGCGGAAUUUGAUCACUAUGUUGUAGAUAUGAAGCCGUUUGUGUUAAAAUUACCACAUAAAUCAGAACGUCAGAGAUGUGCACUCUGGAUUAAAAAACUCUGCGAGCCCUCAGGAGCAGGUGCAGGAAUUAUGGGUAGAAAGAAUCGGAACUUGUAUGCAAAAUUGUUGCUGCAUAUGCUGAAACGAGGAAUUCUAGAAGGCCCUUUUACACAUAAACCCGAACCUGGAAUACUGAAAACCUUGCCGUCGUAUAUGUCAAUCUAUUUUGAUGAACCAAAUUCAACAAGAGCACAGAGUGGUAGCCCAGAAGCUUUACCUGACUGGGUCAUGGGAGAACUAGGAACAAGUGAAUCGAAAUUGGAGGAAUCAUGGAAAUUCUCUUCUAGAGAGGAGUCAGCUUUGGUAGCAUCACCACUUGCACACAGGGAAAGAUACAAGUAUAAUGGGAAGCUAGCGUUAAGGUCACAUUCUAUGAGUCCACCUCACCGGUCAGAUGAGGACAACUGUGCCAUGCAGAUGCCUGGAGAUCAACACAAAAAAACCAUUUCUUUGGACGACAGUGAUCUUGAAGUUCGUCUCAAUAGUUGGAAUCUUGGGCUAGAAAAUCCAAGAUAUUUGCGAGAGAAGCCCAUACCUCUGUCUCUGAUGACACCCAAAAUGGGCUUGGGAAAAAUUAGCACUUUUCGGGAUGAACAGUCACUGUUUCGCAUGCACGAAAAAGAGAUUUUGGAUAGAAAGAAUAAUGAAACUGAGGUAUUGAAGACCCUCUACAAAACUAAACAGAAUGAAGCUGAGGAGACUAUUAGGAAGCUAGAGAAGAAAGUUCAGACCCUUGUUCGUGAGUCACAAGUUAUCAGAGAGACUAAGGAAAAGCAGAUUAUGGAGUUAAAGAAGUUGUGUGAACAAAGCACAGAUUCUUUGAACAAUGACUGGGAGAAAAGGCUCCAUAAUGCUGUGGCAGAAAUGGAAAAGGAAAAAUUUGAUCUUCAGAAGAAACACACAGAAAAUAUCCAAGAACUGCUUGAGGACACAAAUGCACGUCUUAGUAAAAUGGAGACAGAGUACUUGGCACAGACAAAGGCAACUAACCAGGUGGUCAAAGAACUGGAGGCCCGUGUCCAGCAGCUAACUGUAGAGGCUGAAAGUAGUAAUUUACAGCGUCAGAAAUUAUCUCAAGAAAAGACUGAUCUAGAGCAAUGCUACCAAGCAGUAUGCACUGAACUGCAGGAGGUGAAAUCAAGGUGCAACUCCCUUCAGAAAGAGAAGGAUCGCAUAAUACAAGAUUAUGAACAGAAUAUUCAGCAACAACAAAACAAAUAUGAUAUUGACAUAAAUUUUAUGAAACAGGAACAUGCUCUCUCAGCAGCUAAGGCAUCUGAUGUGAUUGAAGAAUUAGAACAGAGUGUGUCUGAAUUAAAACAACAGUUACAAGAAUCAGAACAUCAAAGGCAGCAACAGCUGAGGGAUCAAGAACACAAAUUUCAACAGGAAAAACUUCAUUUAGAGCGGAUUCAUGAAAAAAAGAUUCAUGGCUUCCAAAAUGACCUUGAUAAAGAGAGAGGGGAUGCUCAAAAGAAAAUUCGCAAACUGGAAGAGGCUUUGAAGGAGAAGGAGGAGCAGCUGACUCGGGUGACAGAGGUACAGAGGCUGCAGGCCCAGCAGGCAGAUGCUGCCCUGGAGGAGUUUAAGCGGCAGGUGGAGCUGAACUCAGAAAAAGUCUAUGCUGAAAUGAAACAGCAGAUGGAAAAGGUGGAAUCAGAUCUAAGCAGAUCAAAAUCUCUCCGUGAAAAGCAGUCAAAAGAAUUCUCUUGGCAGUUGGAAGAACUCAAACAAAGAUAUGAGCAACAGAUAGUAGAGCUGAAGCUGGAGCAUGAACAGGAGAAGACGCACCUAUUCCAGCAGCACAACACAGAGAAGGAUUGCCUGGUCCGAGAUCACGAACGGGAAAUUGAAAAACUGGAAAAACAGCUCCGCGCUGCCAUGACGGAGCACGAGAAUAAAACGCAAGAAUGCAGGAAACGAGAUGCACAGAUUAUCCAUGAUAUGGAGGCCCAAAUCCACAAGCUGAGAGAAGAGCUUAUUCAGGUAAAUGCUCAGCGGAAGCAGCAGUUGGUAGAGCUUAGCCUUCUGCGGGAAGAAGAAAAGCAGAGGGCUGCUCGGGAUCACGAGACUGCAGUGAAUAAGCUUAAAGCAGAGUCGGAAAAGAUGGCCUUAGACCUGAAAAGGACACAUGCUGCAGAGACAGAGAUGACAUUGGAAAAGGCCAACAGCAGGUUGAAGCAGAUUGAAAAGGAAUACAGUCAGAAGUUGGCCAAAUCUUCACAGAUCGUAGCUGAACUUAAGACAACCAUUUCCUCUCUGACAGAGGAAAGCAGCCGGCAGCAGCUUGCUGCAGAAAGGCGGUUCCAGGAUGUUGUACAAAAGUUUGAAGAUGAGAAGCAGCAGAUGAUUAGAGAUAAUGACAGAGCAAUCAAGGCUUUACAAGAUGAAAUGGAAAAUUAUUGCAAUCAGGUACGGUCUACAGAAAAGAAGCUGCAGCACAAGGAGUUGGAGACACAGGAACAGGUGACAUACAUACGACAAGAAUAUGAAACCAAACUCAAAGGUCUGAUGCCAGCAUCUUUGAGAAAGGAACUCGAAGAUACCAUUGCAUCUUUAAAAUCUCAGGUAAACUUUCUGCAGAAGAGAGCAUCUGUCCUACAAGAAGAACUGAAUGUGUACCACACCAGAAGGUAACUGCUGGAGCAGAGGAAAUCGUUCAAGUGACAAAUGGACAACUUUCAGCAGGUUUGAAGAUUUGGAUCUUGUCAAUUAAACUGUGAGAUCAGUGGCUGUUUUGUUAGCACAGAAAAAGUAAUUAAGCUCAUGAAAGCACAUCCAUCCUUCAUGCCAGUAUUUUUUGAGUUGUAUCUUACUUGAAUUAUUUUUUACCAUUAUCUUAUUACAGAUUUACAAUUUUGGUAUACUAAGUGUGUUUGUGUGUGUGCUCAAUUUACUUAUUGCGAAACUAAAUUCCCUUGACUAUUGAUUUUGCUAUUAUUUCCUAAUAUCAUUUUUAUUCAAUUUUAUACAUGAUAAAAUCAUGUUUCUAUUAUUAUUAUUAUUAUUAUUCAAGAUUUUUAAAACAUAUUUUACAUUGUUUUCAUGUUCAUAUGUUUACAUAAUAUUAAAAUAUUCUUUUGUA